AUGAGGCUGACAAUUACCUGCAACCGAACCAACGCACUGCUCUGUCUCGCUGUCCUUGCAUCACUCUGGACCAUUCUAUAUUUUAACUUGUCUCACACCAACAGGCAAGCUGUCAACAGAACGUCAAUGGUCUCCCAAGUGCCGAUAGGGGUUGUUGCUGUUGCUGCUGCUGUCGGUGACAAGAAACCAGCUGACAAACCCGCACCUUCUGGGAAAAGUGACUUCCUGUUGAAGUCCGAACUCGACGGCGCCGCUGUGUUCACGAGGUCAGCCACAGACUGGUCACGUGACGAUGGUACGUGCGAUGGGGGUGAGCAUUACGCGAAGGCCGUGCUUCAUUCUGUAGCGGGGGACCUGCCAAUCUCUGUCCACCCAAAGAAGAUUGAUGUGAUUGUGUCGAGGUAUGUCAUUGACGGCAGGGUGUGGGAGCACGACCAAGUCAGGAGAUUCCACGACAUUGUAAAACAAGAUGGCGACCUGCAGUUUGUUGAUAUAGGUGGCAAUAUUGGCGUUUAUGGAUUAACGAUGGCCAAGCUUGGACGGACGGUGUUGUUUGUGGAGCCCUUAUUAAUAAAUGUACAGAAACUGUGCAACUCAGUACGCGCUGGGAAGUACCCGGAUGUUUAUGUAAUUCAUAACGCUUUUUGUCGUCGACCAGGUUCAAGGUCGGCUUCGGAACGAGCCGCAAGCUGUCAGCAGAACGUCAAUGGUCUCCCAAGUGCCGAUAGGGUUGUUGCUGUUGCUGCUGCUGCAGUCGGUGACAAGAAACCAGCUGACAAACCCGCACCUUCUGGGAAAAGUGACUUCCUGUUGAAGUCCGAACUCCGAUGGUACGUGCGAUGGGGACGAGCAUUACGUGAAGACCGUGCUUCAUUCUCCAGCGGGGACCUGCCGAUCUUUGUCCACCCAAAGAAGAUGGAUAUGAUUGUGUCGAGGUAUGUCAUUGAAGGGAGCAUGUGGGAGCACGACCAAGUCAGGAGAUUCCACGACAUUGUAAAACAAGAUGACGACCUGCAGUUUGUGGAUAUAGGCGGUAAUAUUGGCGUUUAUGGAUUAACGAUGGCCAAGCUUGGACGGACGGUGUUGUUUGUGGAGCCCUUAUUAAUAAAUGUACAGAAACUGUGCAACUCAGUACGCGCUGGGAAGUACCCGGAUGUUUAUGUAAUUCAUAACGCUUUGUCGUCGACCAGGUUCAAGGUCGGCUUCAGAACGUACGAGGGAAACGUCGGCGCGACAAAUGUGAAAAACGCAACGUCAUCAGGCGAGACAGCUCAGGCCGUGCUACUCAACGACUUGCUAGAAGUCUUCAAACUGAAGAAAGUCGCCAUCAAACUCGACGUCGAGGCUCAUGAAGCAAAGGUAUUACUCGGAGGAGAUAACUUUUUCAAAUCGGUCGACGUGAGAUAUGUUCAGCUGGAAUGGGGACGUCACAGGAAAUCCCCGUCUGGAAGGGAGAUAGUCGACUUCUUGACCAGAUAUUUCAUGAAGCCUUAUCACCCAGCUACUGAUCAGCUUCUGGACACGAACGGUUAUAGAACUUGGCCCGUAGAUGUUUUCUGGAAGAAGACAACGCGAUAAUUCAGGGACUGACCAUUAGAUGAGUGUUGCAUGUGAAUUAAAGUAAUAAGUAUUUUGAAUUAUAUCACUAUAGAAAUUAACCAUUUUGUGCCAGUGAACCAGUUACGUGUUAGUGAUCCGUUGGUGGGGUGGGGUUGUUUUUUAUCUGAGGGAGACAAUCUGAGUCAGCGGACGUCAGUAUCUAGGGAAUGAGUGAGUGAGGAUGGUAUUACGGCGCCUUCAGCAAUGUUCCAGCAAUAUCACGG